AUGGUGUCAAGACCCUCGACAUCACCGAGACUUGUCCCCUCGAAUCGACUGUCAUGGUCCCGCCACGUCACGCUGGACUUGCUGCUGCUGAUCCUGGCCAACUCGGUCUUCCACCCCUGGAUCACCCUCGUCUUCUACCUGUGUCUGGCCGCCGUGCACAAGCACAAGGAACCCCUGGCCUUUUACACGCUGUACUACACGGCGUUUCUGGUCGUCGCCGAACUGGCCGUCUGGCUCAACCACCGCCUCGCGUACGGCCGCCACCGGAAAGUCGACUGGGAAGACGAGGUGGUUGUCGUCACCGGCGGCGCCCACGGACUGGGCAGAGUGCUGGCCGAGAUGCUCUUGAGAAAGGGCGCUAAGGUGGCGGUCCUGGACGUCCACGGGCCGGACGAGGAGGCGCGCGAGGAGAUGGAACGCUGGGACCUGGUCUGGGAGGUUGUGGACGUGAGCGACGCUGCCGAGGUUCAGGGGGCGGUGGACAGGGUUGUUGACGAUCUCGGUCGGCCGACAAUCCUGAUCAAUAACGCAGCAACAUCCAUCAAUGGCCUCCCUCUGAUUUCUCCAGCGCCCUUGGAGUCAUCGACAUCGACGCUAUCUCCCCAACAAGCCACCAAAACAAUCACCACCAAUGCCCUCGGCCACUUCACCGCCCUGUCCGCCGUCCUCCCUCAUCUACUCUCCUCGCCCCAGGGGGCUCACAUCAUAACCAUCUCCUCGAUCCUUUCGCAUCUCAACCCUGCCAAACUAGCCGACUACAACGCGUCGAAAGCCGGCGUCUCGGCGCUGCACAACACCUUGUGUCACGAACUCCGCACUUACCCCGAUCCUGCUGUCUUUGACAAGGUGAAGACCAUCCUCGUCGAACCAGGUCAGCUCUCCACGCAGCUAUUUGCAGACAUCACCCGAGUGCCCUUUUACGCACACUUUUUUGGGCCCGUGUUGGAGGCCAAGGACGUAGGCAAGGAGAUUGUGCGGUGGGUGGAAAGAGGCGACGGCGGAGUGAUCCGCAUGCCCUUUUACGCCAAAUGUGUGCCGUUUUUGAAUGUGAUGCCCGGGGCAGUGCAAAGGGUAGUGCGGUGGUGGAGUGGAAUCGAUCGGGCGAUCGUGGCGAGGGAAAAGAAUGCCUGA